AUGACGGGAUUCCACAUCGUCAAUUCGAACGAGGCCGUUCCCGGUGCCGAGGCCCCACCCCCGGAAUUCAGCUUGACAGCUCAUCCCGCCACAGACGUCUGGUCCAAACCCCCCUCUACCAACGCAUUCAACGCUCCAAUACUCUACCAAUCCGUCUCCCUCAAAUCCUUCAAACGCGCCCGUGUCGCUGUCGCUGCGCAAUGGACACAGAAAUAUGAUCAGGGUGGCCUCAUCAUCGUCCUGAACAAGGCGGAUGGAUCCCAAAAGUGGGUGAAGACUGGUAUCGAGCUCACCAAUGACAAGCCACAUUUGAGCGUCGUUGCGAAGGACCGUUGGGCGGAUUGGAGCUUGCUCCCCAUUCCCUCCGGAGGAAAAUCUGCAACAUUGGAGUUGGUCCGGGAGGCGGAUGGCAGUUUGUGGAUUUAUCUUGUGGAGGGAGUGCAGAAGCAGCCUAUUCGAGAGGUUACCUGGGUUUUUGAGGAGACAGAUGUGCAGGAAACUUGGAUUGGGGUAUAUGCGGCGCGGCCGUCGACGGAGGGUGGAGAGUUGACUGUCAACUUUGGGCAUCUGGUUAUCGAGUCUGUUGGGGAUAAGAAAUAA